CCGCUCUCCCGUUGCCGCUCUCGCUUCUCUCUCUUUCUCUCUCCGCGCACCUCUCGCGAGGCUUCGGGGCCGCGCUGCCGCCAGCGCCUCGCGAGAUCUCGCUCUCAUCAGCGUGCCGCAGCUCCCGGCUCCCUCCCCCUCGCAUCGACCGGGCCGGGCCGAGGAUGGACUGGGAGUGAUUCCCGGCGGAGCACGAGGACCGGAACCCCCAAAAUGAAAGUGGAUCGGACGAAACUGAAGAAAACCCCCACGGAGGCGCCCGCCGACUGCCGGGCCCUCAUCGAGAAGCUGAAGAGCUGCAGCGAUGAACAGCUGGUGACAGAACUGCAGCAGAUCAAGACAUGGAACAUUGGCAAGUGCGAGCUGUACCACUGGGUGGACCUGCUGGACCGCUUCGACGCGCUGCUGGCCGAGGCGGGCCGGCCGGUGGAGGCCAUGAGCUGGAUGCUGGCCUGCGACCGGCCCGAGCGCCAGCCCCUCACCCUGCUGCUGGCCCUGCUCAACUUCACCGCCCUGCUCAUCGAGUACAGCUUCUCCCGCCACCUCUACAGCUCCAUCGAGCACCUGACCACGCUGCUGGCCUCCUCGGACAUGCACGUGGUGCUGGCCGUGCUCAACCUGCUCUACGUGUUCAGCAAACGCUCCAACUACAUCACCCGCCUGGGCUCCGAGCGCCGCGGGCCCCUGCUGGCCCGCCUGCAGCACUUGGCUGAGAGCUGGGGUGGAAAGGAGAAUGGAUUUGUGGCUGAGUGCUGCAGGGACCUGCACAUGAUGAGCUGA